AUGGAGAUGUUCCCGGCAGCAGCAAUCAUUUCCCUACUCAUCUACUUGCUUUACAAAUUCCUGUACCGCAAAUCAGACGACAACUGUUACCUACUAGGCUACCAGUGCUACAAAGCUCCCGACGAGCUCAAGGCCAACGCCGGAACCUCCGCCAAAAUCGCCCUCCGGAACAAAAACCUCGGCCUGGAAGAGUACAGGUUCCUCGUCCGGACCAUGAUCCGCUCCGGCAUCGGCGAGGAGACCUACAUCCCCAGGAACUUCCUCGAAGGCCGCGAGGCCUCCCCGACCCUACAAGACUCCCUCGACGAGAUGACCGACGCCACCUUCAGCAACCUCGACGCCCUGUUCGCCACGUCAGCGGUCCGCCCGUGCCAGAUCGACAUCCUCGUCACCACGGGCUCCUUAUUCGCCCCGGUCCCUUCCCUCUCCAGCCGGAUCGUCCACCGCUACAAGAUGAAGGAAGGGAUCAAGUGCUUCAGCCUCACCGGGAUGGGGUGCAGCUCCAGCGUCAUCGCCGUCGACCUCGUCCGCCAGACCUUCCGGACGCGCCCCAACAGCUUCGCGGUCGUGGUUGCCGUGGAGCUCACGGCGCCCAACUGGUACACGGGGCAGGACCGGUCCAUGAUGCUGUCCAACGUUUUGUUCCGAGCCGGCGGGAGCUCCCUCCUCCUCACCAACCACCCGUCCUGGAAGGAGCGGGCCAUCAUGAAGAUGGAGGCGGUGGUCAGGAACCACGUGUCGACCGACGAGGCGUACGGGUGCGCCAUCCACGUGGAGGACGAGCAGGGCUACCCAGGCGCCCGCCUCACCAAGUCCCUACCCACGGUGGCCAUGCGCGCUCUGGAGGGGAACCUCAGGGUGCUGCUCCCCAAGGUUCUCCCACUGUGGGAGAUCCUGCGUUUCGUCGUUGCUAGGGCUAGCUACAGAUGGAGGAUCAAGAAGGGGGGCGACGACGAUUCGAAACCGCCGCCCCCAGUGAUGAACAUGAGGACCGGGAUCCAGCACUUCUGCCUGCACACGGGUGGGAGGGCGGUGAUCGACGGGUUCGAGAAGAGCUUCGGGCUGAGGGAGUACGACAUGGAGCCCUCGAGGAUGACGCUGCAUCGGUUCGGGAACACGUCGUGCAGCAGCCUGUGGUAUGUGUUGGGGUACAUGGAGGCGAAGAAGAGGCUGAAGAGAGGGGACAGCGUGAUGAUGGUAGGGUUGGGGGCGGGGUUUCUGUGCAACACUUGCGUCUGGACGGUGAUGAAGGACUUGGAGGACGGGAACGUGUGGGCGGACUGCGUCCAUCGGUAUCCUCCACAAACGGUGGGCAACCGCACGGCCGAGAUAUUGAGUUGGAUCUUUGACGAUUGCAUGAGUUUCAUCAAUUUCAAAGAUUAUGAUCGCGCCCUACUCUUUUCUCGUUAA